AUGCGGUCAGCGUGGACAUUGCUGGCCUGCUGCUGCCUUGUUGUGAGUGCCAUGGAGAGCCCUUCCAGAGAAUUUUGUCUCCAGAACUUUAACUCAGGUGUGAAGCCAGGGUUUCCCAAAACAAUAAAAACCAACGACCCAGGAGUCCUCAAAGCUGCCAGAUAUACCGUUGAAAGAUUUAAUAACAGAACAAAUGACAUUUUCUUGUUCAAAGAGUCCCACAUCAACCGAGCCCUGAUUCAGAUAGUUAAAGGUCUGAAAUACAUGCUUGACAUGGAAAUUGCAAGAACUACCUGCAAGAAAACCAGGCAUCCCAGUCUGGACAACUGUGACUUCCAAACCAACAACAGCUUGACACAGACAUUCAGCUGCUACUCUGAAGUCUGGGUCGUCCCCUGGCUCCACAAGUUCACGGUGCCUGUUCUCUGCUGCCAGUGA